UGGCUGCCAUUGCCAUGAGAGAAGACUUUCUCAUCAAGACCAGGCCGUUACACCCGUCGUCUUCGUCGUCUCAUCACUCUCUCCUAUUAUAAUUGCAACCCUCUAGCUCUUUGGUCUUGAUAUCAAUUUUCUGUGUGUUAUUUGUGUUUGUGUCUAUUGUUUUCUCUUCGUCUCUGAGGGGGGACGCCAGAGUCGGUUAUCCAAUUCCUCUACAGAUCUUCCCUUUCACUUUUCUUAUAUAAUUUUUUGGUUCCCGGAUCGAUUAGCAGAGGAGUUACAUGUUGACUUGUAGACUUGAAAGGUUGAGAAGGGGCUGAAUGAUAUGGAUAGCCUUUGUUGCUUCAACUCUGUCACUCAGGUGGUUGGAGGACGUUCGUCAAGUAGCUCUGGCAAGGGCAGAAGCCAUCAGAAUCAGGUCAAGUAUGGCUUUAGCCUUGUCAAAGGGAAAGCAAACCAUCCAAUGGAAGACUAUCAUGUGGCAAAAUUUGUCCAGGCCAGAGGGCAAGAGCUUGGACUGUUUGCUAUCUAUGAUGGGCAUUUGGGGGAUAGUGUGCCAGCCUAUCUACAAAAGAAUCUCUUCUCUAAUAUCUUAAAUGAUGAGGACUUUUGGACUGACACAGCCAGGUCCAUUGUAAAAGCUUAUGAGGCAACAGAUAAAGCAAUUCUUUCUCAUAGUCCUGAUUUGGGACGAGGUGGAUCAACUGCAGUGACUGCAAUUGUUAUAAAUAAUCGGAAAUUAUGGGUAGCUAACGUUGGAGAUUCACGCGCAGUUCUGUCAAAGGAUGGGCAAGCAAUACAAAUGAGUAUAGAUCAUGAGCCAAAUACUGAGAGGGGCAGCAUCGAGGACAGAGGUGGCUUUGUCUCUAACAUGCCAGGAGAUGUUGCCAGAGUGAAUGGCCAGCUUGCAGUUUCUCGAGCAUUUGGAGACAAAAACCUCAAAUCACACUUGCGAUCUGAUCCUGACAUACAGCAGGCUAACAUUGAUGCUGAGAUGGAGCUUUUGAUUCUUGCAAGUGAUGGUCUCUGGAAGGUGAUGGCAAAUCAAGAGGCAGUUGAUAUUGCCAGGAAAAUAAAGGAUCCACAAAGAGCAGCCAAACAGCUAGUAGCAGAGGCAUUGAACAGGGACAGCAAGGAUGAUAUUUCUUGCAUUGUAGUUCGUUUCAGGUCAUGAAACGUGGGAACUUGAUAAGAUAAAUCAUAACCCUUCAAUUAGUUUGGACGUCUGUGUCUCACCAAAACAAACAAGAAAAAGUCCAUCAUGAAUUUGCAAUUCUGUGCAAUAUAUCCUCUUCCCCUUACCCUCCUCUGUAAAAUUUAUUAAAAAGUCCUUGGAAUUUAGGUUGUACUUUUUUGUGGUUUUGUUAGUUUCUCUUUUGUGUAGAUUCAUACCAUCAUUUUUCUCUGUAACUUGGGUUAUCAAACGGGGCACUGUGAAAAUGGCCAUAGUUUUUUCCCCCUUUUUUCCUUUUUAUUAUUUUUGUUUUUUGACUUCAUUGAACAUGGGAUGUAUGCAUUUUGUAUAAACUUUUAGUGUAUGGUAUAUGGGAAUGCCCCUUAGUUUGAGCGGCUUAAUUUCA